AUGAUUACUUCGUUUAUAGCAAAAACAUGCACUACGUUGCUCGCUCUUGUGGCUGGCUGCCGUGCUGGGGUUGUCUAUAGAGAUGUCUAUGGGGAGAGAACCUGGCACAAGUAUGUCCGCUCGCCCAGCACUUCGAUAGUGAAACCAAAGAGCAUUUUGGCGGCGAAUAUUACCGGCAACGUGUCCAAUCCCAAUGGUUUCUUGGAAGGCAAUGAUGCUCCAACAAUCUUGAGUCGCAAGCCAGACGACCUCCACGUCCCUUCCAUCGUUGUUGAUUUCGGUCAGAAUGUGGUCGGAAUAGUAUCGAUUGAUUUUGCUCAGUCAACAAAUUCAUCUCAAGGGCUCCCAGGAUUGAAACUGGCUUUUUCGGAAACCCAGCAGUUUCUGACAAACACGAGUGAUUUUACCAGGUCGGAUAAUCUGCCAGAGGGCCAGAAAAUAACCAAGGGCACUGAUCAGGUUGCCGUCCCCAACGAUCCAUCUACUUGGAAGAACAAGGCUGGCUGUCAAUAUGGCAACAAAGUAUGCUCAGAUGGUCUUCAUGGUUUCCGGUACAUGAAGAUCUGGCUCGAUGCCCUUGAAAGCGACGCCCCAUACACACAGCCUUAUGGCUCGGUUUCCAUAUCCAACAUCGAACUCGACUGGUCUGCCUAUCUGGGAACUCCUGAUACAUUCACCGGAUGGUUCGAGUGCUCCGACGAAGAUCUUACGCAGUGGUGGUUUGACGGUGUCUACACUACCGACAUGUCCAGUGAUACUUUCCUUGCCAAUGAGACUGAUCCUCGAGAUUCUGCUACUCCGACGCUGGAGGGCACACAAGUUAUUUUUGACGGUGCGAAGCGGGAUAGGGAUCCCUACGUUGGAGACCUGGCUGUCGCUUCGCUUACCUCUUAUCUCUCGCACGAUGCGCCUGAGAUGACUCGUAAUAUUCUUGUUGAUUUGGCGAACCACCAGCGUGCAGAUGGAUGGAUACCUCCUGCGAGCAUAAAUAACUAUACCCUUCCCUUGUACGAUUACCCUAUGUGGUGGGUCGUCGCCACAUAUGAUUUUGUCAUGUACACUGGGGACACAGACUUUGUUGCCCAGUACUAUGAUGUGAUGAAGAAAACAUUGGAUUCAUACUACGGUCAAAACUUGACCUCCACGCAUGGUCUGCUCAACAAGACAAAUGGCUACGGUGACUAUGCCUUCUUGCCCCGUUCAGGUGUCAUUACAUACUACAACGCGCUCUACGUACACGCCCUAAAGUCAGCUGCUCAGCUUGCCAACAUUCUCGGCCACGACGCUGACAGCAACGCCUGGACCACACGUGCCUCUGAAAUUGGUACCAAGAUGCUUGCUAGAAACUGGGAUUAUGCUGUGGGUGCAUUUUUCGAUGGCGGGCCAUGUCCCGAUAAGUCUGGAGACACGAUUUGCAAUGUACAUGCCCAAGAUGGGAAUGGCUUGGCUGUUCUAUCUGGGGCAGUCAAUACCUCUGUUGCUACGAGCCUACUCGACUUUUAUGGAAACACGGCGGCACGAACUUAUGGAAAUGCAUUUUACGACAACGAUUCCAUUCAAGCCGGGUUCUCACAGCGUGUCUACGCUUUUAUUUCAUACUUCGAGCUAGCCGCACGCUUCGCUACCCUUGGAGCAUCAAACUCAGCAUUUGACGAGAUCAAGCGGCUUUACGGCUGGAUGUCGACGCACGACCCCGAGAUUACGUUCUGGGAAGGCAUUGGUCCAGACGGAGCACCCUAUGAAGAUGGCUUUACUUCUAUGGCCCAUGGCUGGUCCACUGGGAUCGUACCACUGAUGAGCAACUAUGUACUCGGUAUCAAGCCCACUGCACCUGGGUUCAAGACCUGGCAGGUUUGUCCUGUAAUCGAUGGUGGCAACCUCACUUGGGCUCGUGGUGCGGUAGGCACACCCUCGGGCCCGAUCAAAGUACGAUGGGAGAAGGGUACGGAUGGAUCUUUUGCCUUGCAAAUUGAUACACCGAAAAAUACGAAUGGGGUGAUCUGUGUGCCAACUGGUGGAUCUAAGGGUCGCGUUGUUAUGGAUGGGAUGGAAGUCGAUGGCAACGCAGAUGUCGAUAUUAUUGGCCCUAUUGCGACAGCUGGAGAGGGAUUCAGGAUGGUGAGAGCCAGUGGCGGCGUACACAUGGCGACUGUGAAUGUUGGAAAAUAA